GAAAGAGAGGAGGUGGGGCGGUCGAGCUCGCGCGCACGGAUUGCGAGGAAUCUCGGUAUUUCUGUCCAGGGCCGGGGAUCUGCAAAAUGCCUCCGGUAUAAGGGCAAGAAGAAUGGGGACCUGGGACCCCGGCGCACUGGGGUGGACACGCCGACCGCUGGUGAGCGUUCAUCAAGGAGGUUAGUGAAUGGAAAGGACGCCGCUGGAGCCAAACGACAAAGUGAUUAUUAGCUGCAUCGGAGACGUCUUUACAUUUCCCAGGAUUAAGAAGCAGAUCAGGAUAAGCUUCAAGGGAAAGGAGUUCAGGAGAAAGAUAUUUUGUUGGUGACAGGCGACAACCGCGCAGAUUGUGUAAUUGCGAUUCAUUGGUCCUACCUGAGGAUAUAUUGUUUAUAUUCCACCGAACCCUCUCCAUGGCGAUAAAUAAGGAAACGCGAGGACCAGGUCACAUCGACCCACCGAGAAAGCGGGGACAGUGGAUUUAAAUCAGUUCGUCACAUUUGUAUCUGCCGAGUGGCGAUGUCUGCUUUUUGCAUAGACCUCCACACAUCUUCGGCCGCAAUUUCAGCACCAUCGGAGCUGGACAGCGACCGUAUAGAGGAAACGCUGGAUCCCAGCAACAACAUGCCUCAAGAAACGGAAGAAUAUCAGGAACACUCGCUGCUAAACACCGGCCCCGGGGGUCUCGGGAUGGCGCUGGAAGAGGAACUCGCCAUGCUGACGGGGGAACGGGUGGAGGAUUCAGAACUGACGGCCUUGGAGACGCCCGUCAACGGACAGGACACAGACCUUUUGUCGCUCUUCCGACAGAAGGAGAAGGACUUGGUUCUUGCUGCUAAGCUUGGAAAAGCUCUUCUGGAACGAAACCAGGACCUUACAAAGCAAUACGAAAACAUGAACAAGGAUCUGAACGAGAAGCUCGAGCAUCUGGAGCAGGAGAAGCACGAGCUGCGCCGGCGUCUGGAGAGUCGUGAGGGGGAGUGGGAGGGCCGCGUGGCCGAGCUGGAGGGCGACCUGCGCCACCUGCAGGGGGAGCUAGAGAGGCAGGAGACCCAGCUCAGAGAGGCUGACCGGGACAAGGCCCGCGCCGUCAGCGAACUAUCCGAACAGAACCAGAGGCUAUUGGAGCAGCUGAGCCGGGCUGCAGAGGUAGAAAGGCAGUUGUCCACUCAGGUCCAAUCCUUGCGGGAUGAUUUCCGGGAGAGGAGCAUCUCUAACAACCAGCACAUGACACGUCUGGAGAGCCUACAGGCAGAGCAAGGGCUAGAAAUAAAGAUGCUGUCGGAACGUAAGAGGGAUCUGGAACGGAGGGUGAACGGCAUGAUGGAUGAGAACGACCAGCUGCAGAACACGAUGGAGAACAUGAGAGAGAGAACCCUCGUGCUGGAGAAGCAGUGUCACGGCAAGGACCUACAGCUGCGUCAGAGCCAGCUGGAGCUGCAGGAGAUGCGUGUGUCUCACCGGCAGCUGAGCGCUCGACUGGAGGAGAUAAGCGAGGAGAAGAGCCUGAGCUUCAGUCCACACACACACACAUACACACACAGCCUGCUCAGCGAGAUCGAGCAGAGCAUGGAGCAGGAGGAGCUGGAGCAGGACAGGGAGCAGCUGCGGCUCCAGCUCUGGGAGGCGUACUGUCAGGUGCGCUCCAUCUGCUCCCAACUCAGAGGAAAUGACAUCACAGACUCCGCCCUCUCCACCGACUCCUCCAUGGACGAGUCGUCAGAGACGCUGUCUGCCAAGGACGUGCCAACCGGUAGCCUUCACGCCAGUCUGCUCGAGCUGCGCAGACUCACCCAAAACCUACUGGAUGGCAACGAGUCCACGGGCUCACGGCGCAGUGAUGAGGAGGCUCUGGAGGAUCAGGUGCGUAAGCUCAGUGAGGAGCUGAGAGCGAUGAAAGACCUUUACGAGAGCGAGCAGGAGAGAACACGCACCAGCCAAGAGGAGACGCUACAGCUACACAACCAGGUGGCGCUGCUCUCAGUAGAGGUGUGUUCAUGGCGUGAGGAGAACGAGCGGAUGAGAGCGAUGGCAGAUGUGCAUGAACCCAACGAACGGCUCCAGAGCGCCAUACGGGAUCGAGAUGAGGCUAUCGCCAAGAAAAAGGCGGUGGAGAUGGAGCUGGCCAAAUGUAAGAUUGACAUCAUGUCCCUGAAUAGCCAGCUCCUGGAUGCCAUCCAACAGAAGCUCAAUCUGUCCCAACAGCUGGAAGCCUGGCAGGAUGACAUGCAGAGAGUGAUCGAUCAGCAGUUGAUGGACAAGCACCAGGAGGAAUGGGAUACGCCCUACUCCUUCUCAGGAGCCAAUGGGGUGUCUCGCCGGGCCUCGGCCCCCUCGCGGAGGUCACACCGCAAGGCCGACCGGGACAGGAGACUCUUCUCCUUCUUCAAGAAGAACUGAGUCUGCGCCGAGGAACGAGAGAUGAGAAAGGACAGAAAGAGAGAGAGAGAGAAAGAGAGGAGGAGGAGAAGUGGGAGAGCGGGUGAAAGAAAAGACACACAAACACAGACCCAGCCAAAGAUUGUAAAUGCACAGGCACAACUGGAAAGAGGGAUGAGAGAGAAAAAGAAAGAAAGAUAAAAGACAGAGAAGAAAGAUAAAAGAUAGACAAUCCAGACCAGAACACAACCUGGACAUUUAUAUUGAUGAAAUGCAAACCUGGCUUCCUGAUGGGGGGGCGGACAUGGGCUGGGGUGGUUAUAGGGGGCAGAUUUCAGACACAAGGUCUUUCAGGAUUUCUGGGGGGAAGUUGGUGGGGCGAGAGGAUAAAAGAACCAAAGCUGAAGCUGCCACUCAGGGAAGUUCAGAUCCUCAGCUGUAGACUCUGAGGCCUUAACUCCACACGAGGCCCGUGUCUGUGUGGAGGAGUUUAAUCAAAGCACUAAGCCCGACUCAGAGCAAAGUCACCGCACUGCCUUGCCUCGUCUCGCCUCGUCUGCUAGUUACUCUCUUCUCUGGGAGCACACUGGACCCGGCAUCAGUCUGCCUGAUUAAAAACCGACGUCAAUAUUUACAGUAGUGACUGUUUUUCAACAGUAUGAAAACAUCAGACUACUUCAUACUGACGUCAUGCUAGCCUUUUUUUAAUGACGGGCUAGUUUACAGACAGAAUCAUUUUAGCAGUUAGCCAGGCUAGGGCAUGGCAUGAUAGCAGUUAGCCAGGCUAGGGCAUGGCAUGAUCUAGCAUGGCUUUAAUCCAGAUAUAAGUGGUGUUGGUUAAAGCAGGGCAGUCCUGUUGCGACAUUUACUAGCGUAGCCGCUGGUGACAGGACUAGCCUUUGCUAGCGUAGCCUCUGCAGACAGGGCUAGCCUUUGCUAGUUUAGCCUCUGUAGACAGGGCUAGCCUUUGCUAGCGUAGCCUCUUUAGACAGGACUAGCCUUUGCUAGUGUAACCUCUGCAGACAGAACUAGCCUCCACUUUAGUAGCAGCUUUAGGCAGUGGCUUCAGGUCUACCUCUGACAGAUCUGAAUGAACUGAUGGGCAGCCUUUAGCCUUUUACAGGAGUGGGUGCGAAUUCAGAGCCUGCAAAGAGUUUCUUGAAUCAGGUAUGGCUCUGGUAGGUCUACAGAUCCUGACCCUGCCCUGAUUUUAUGCCGAUCCAAAUCGGUUUGACUUUUGGGGCGAGUCUGAAGGCUGUGGUCUGUGUGUCGUGUUAAAGUCGGUGUUCAGCAGGAUACACUGCCAUUCCCCACAAUGCAUCUGACCCUGGUACAGAUCCAGCACUAGUCCGGCCCUGAUGUGGCACUAGUCUGUUCCAGAGUCAGAUUCUCACCUUUAAGUCUUUGGGGACAAGCGUUUCCUUCCAGCCUAUGGUACCUAGAGCUGACACUUUAGAUUAGAGUACUGGUCACCUAGAGGAGACACUUUAGAUUUGAGUACUGGUCACCUAGAGGGGACACUUUAGAUUAGAGUACUGGUCACCUAGAGGAGACACUUUAGAUUAGAGUACUGGUCACCUAGAGGAGACACUUUAGAUUAGAGUACUGGUCACGGGCUUCCAGCUGUUGGAGAGAAUCUCUCACACCUCACUUUUAGUGCAGUCAGACCAAUGCGACCCAAUAGGCCCGGGUGGAGACUGGCGCCGGAGCAGAUCAGGGCCAAAUCUGGGCCAGACCGGUUCCGGUCGGCGAGCACCUGGGUCGGUUCUGAACCUCCACACCUCCAGAUAUGUUUGGGGAAAGGAAUUGUUUCAGUCCUGUGACCUCUGUGUACACGUUCUGUGUAUGUGUGUGUGUGUGUGUGUGUGUGAGAGAGAGAAUGAAAGUGUUUGUGUGAGUGUGUGCAAAGCUGUGCUGGUCCUUACAGCAAAGAGAAACCUGGCACACAUGAGCAAAGCUAUGCAGACGUCUUCUCUUUGUUUUGAAAACAGCGGAGGCAGUUGUUGUUGUUGCUGGUUUUGGAUCAACCCAAAGAGUGACUUUUUAUAUGUAAAAUAUUAGCUACCAGGUUUGGAUGAAGUUGAUAUAUUUAUAAAUGUAUAACUUUUGAAAGAUGAGAUAUUUUGUUUUUUUUUCUCUUUUUCUAGAGUGAUGUUUCUGUUUGUUUGCUAAUGUAUCUCCAUGUGUAGAGUAGGGCAGACCUUUGUUCCAUGCAUCUAGGGCAGAGAGACUGGCUCACUGUGAGGUGCUUCUGCUGUCGUCGUCACAGAAGAUACAGGUUAAUAAUGCAAACAUUUGCACAGACAAACACACAGUUAUCCUCCACCACUAGAGGGGUAACCUAAUUGCAUUCAAGUUGAAAACAUGAUGGCAAGAGCUAUCAGUCAUUUAUUUUCAGUUAUUUACUAUUAAAAACAUUGUUUUCUUUGCUUGAUGUUAUCAAUAUUUAAAAUCAUCACUUGUCCCAGUUCUAUUGGUAAUUGUCCACCAUACAGUAAGAGUCUGUAACCAUGGUGACCUUACUAAAGCCCCUGAGCAGAAAUAUGAGUCCUGCACAGAUCUAUAAUAACACAACAAAUAUGUUAUUAGAGAUGGGUGUUGUGCUCAGUGAUUGAUGGAGUGGGUACCGUGGAAACCAGAUGUGAUUGAUGGAGUGGGUACCGUUAAAACCAGAUGUGAUUGAUGGAGUGGGUACCGUGGAAACCAGAUGUGACAGAAGCACUCACAGGGGCCAGAUCUCUCUCUCUCCACACAGAGAAUGCCAGCUGCAGCAGCUCAUUAGAUCAUAACACCCCCCCACACUUUUGAGUUGGCUCUCGUUUAGAAUAUGAUUUCCCCUUCUCUUAGCUCAUUGACUGUCUCGUUGUAUGUGUGGCAUGUCUGGUGCUGCAUUGCCUGUGUACUUUAUGAUUUGACUUUUUGUUCUUUCAUGUCUUACAUUCAAACAUUGUUUUGAAAAUUCUCAAAACACACACUGUCCUGUAUGUUUUUUUACAGGGCACUAGGCAGAGUGGAAAGAACAUUGUUCCAAAACACCAUUUUGUAACACAUUUCAAAACAUGUAUGUCCAUCAUAAAGAUCAUCUGUCACCAUG